AUGGAGACUAGCAUUUCUUCAGGUUCAGAUGAAAUCAAAGAGACUUUUAGUUCCAUUAAUGAAAGACCUGUGGAUGAUAUAUCAUUGAAUUUUUUUUACAAACCACAUACAAUUACGCUGCUAGCCGUAUCUAUCGCAGCUGUUAUCUACAAAGCUUUUGUAAGGAAUGAAGAUAACAUUCAAGAUAACAUCUGGUCUGGAAUAUGUUGUGUUGUUUUCUUUUUUUUAAUUGUAUCAGUUCUUACUUUUCCAAAUGGGCCCUUUACAAGACCACAUCCAGCUAUUUGGAGAAUUGUUUUUGGCAUGUCAGUUCUAUACUUAUUGGCAUUGCUUUUUCUUAUAUUUCAAAGUUACUCGACUGUGUAUGAUAUUAUGUAUUGGAUAGAUCCAAAAUUGAGAAAUUUUCAUAUUGAUAUGGAAAAGGAAUAUGCAGUUAACUGUAAUGAUAUCAGUGUAAUAUGGUCAAGAAUUGAUGUUUAUGCAUGGGGCCACUUCUUAGGCUGGAUGUUUAAAGCUAUUCUCUUUAGACAUGCAGGUCUCUUAUGGGCUAUCUCAAUAAUGUGGGAAAUAACAGAAAUUGCAUUUGCUCAUUUAUUACCAAAUUUCUUAGAGUGUUGGUGGGAUUCAAUCAUUCUAGAUGUUCUAUUAUGCAAUGGCCUUGGCAUAUGGUGUGGCUUAAAAAUUUGUAAAGCUUUAGAAAUGAGGGAAUAUAAAUGGGUCAGUAUAAAAGAUAUAUCUUCCACCACUGGCAAAAUAAAGAGAGCAAUUCUACAAUUUACACCAGUCCAGUGGACACCAGUGCGCUGGUUGGACCCUAACUGUACAUAUAUGAGAUUUUUUGCUCUUAGCCAACUGGUAGUUUUUUGGCAAAUAUCAGAGCUUAACACAUUUUUCUUAAAACACAUAUUUGAGAUGCCUCCUUCUCACCCACUUGUAAUUGCUAGGUUGGUUCUCAUCGGUGUUAUUGUAGCACCCUCUGUAAGACAAUAUUAUAUAUAUGUGACAGACCCCAAAUGUAAAAGAGUCGGCACGCAAUGCUGGGUUUAUGGUGCUAUAAUGGUAACUGAAUCAAUGCUUUGCAUAAAGAAUGGAAAAGAGCUGUUUGGACACACUCAUGUGUCGAAUGUUAUUAUAUGGCUUGUUAUACAAAUACUAGUCUCAAUAGGCUGUGUCUAUGGUGUUGUAUUAUAUGAUAGAUACUUAAAGCCAAAUAAUACCUCAAAUACGAGUAGUCCAAAAAAAGAAAAUUGA